UUUACUUAUAUGGAUGAUCAAUUGUAAGCCGCAUCUUAGCAACAGCGCCCUCUAGCGCCACAAAAUACGAUGGUCACAGAAUCCGGUGUAACACCCGCUCGUUCGCUAACGAGACAUUACUAAUCUUGCGUGGACUUCCGUAAGAUUAACUGGUGUUCUUGUCAACAUAAACUAGUGCUCUUGAAAUGCACGCUGGAUAAUUUGGUGAAUGUGCAGUUGGUCCUAUUAAAAUUGGACACACGUGGUGCCUUAAACUCCAGUCAAGUUGGUGGCGCCAAAGCACCAAACACUGGGAUUGCCAACUACAAUUACUAGAAGAAGAACUAACUGCAUGGAGAGAAAAAAACAUGGCGGCCUGCAGUAGAUCGCCCUUGCACUUAUUUUUAUCAGUUCAGACGUCGCGUGUGAUCUGCACAAGAAAUGUACAGGUUAAAAGUGCUGAAACGAGUCCGGUAUAUCCACCGAUUGUACCGUCUCGGACAGCAAAAAGCAAAUCUGCAAAAAAGAGAGUGUUGCUUGAGUUUUUUGACCGGCUGCAAACAGUCGAGCCUCAGGAGAGGAUCCGAGCUCUAACCCGCGUCCAGCGUAUGAAGUAUGUGGUUUACCCUCAAACCUCGGCUAUAGGAGCGGAUCAGUGGUACCAGCAUUUCACCAAGACAGCGUACCUCUCUGGUCUUCCGGAGAAGUUGAGCACUGCUGAGCUGGAGGACACCGUGGUGUCUGAGCUGAGCUCCACAGUGUGUAAGGCUCUCCUGCAGGAGCACUGGUACAUGAAGAAGGGCAGGACGUUCAUUCACAGGGAGCAGGAACAAUUUGCUGUGCCGUUUUUAAUGAACGCUGUGUCUGGGCUUGUUGCAGCUUUGGCCAGCAAAAAUCCUGUUUUCCAAAUGUCUAGUUUAGAUGUGUCUCCUCAUGUCAACUUUUACUGGAUAAACGGAGAGAGAACUAUUCCAAGAGGACACCGGAGUGGCAGAGUCGAGCCAAAGAGGUUCCAGAUUGAUGACAGACCUCACAGCCAGAUACGCAUCAGGCACCAGUUACCUGAGUUUGUGCCUCUUGAGACGGAGGUAGCUGCUGAAGUGCCCGUAAUCCAGUUGGCUCCUGAUGUCCUCCCUAUGUUUCGAAGACAGUAUGAUAAUAACAUAUCUACAGGUGCUAAACUCCAAGACCCAUGCUGCUAUGGUCACACACAGUUCCACGUGGUCCCUGAUCGCUUCCGCAGGGACAAACUAAUUAAUAAAAAGCUCUCUGAUCAAAUUGUGGUGUUUUUGAGGGCCAACGCUAUUGCAAGCCUCUUUGCAUGGACCGGAGCACAGGCCAUGUAUCAGGGUUUCUGGAGUGAACAGGAUGUGAGCAGACCUUUUGUGUCUCAGGCUGUGAUCACAGACGGGCAGUACUUCUCUUUCUUUUGCUAUCAGCUUAACACACUAGCCCUGAGUUCAUUCUCUGUUCCUGACAACCCACGUAAGAACCUGUGCUGGGGCACGGAGAGCCUGCGCCUCUACGACAGUGUCACAGAUGGAGAUGUAGUCGGCUGGAACGAUGACACUUUUAAGCUUUUGGUAAAGUUUCUGCUGAACAAGCCAUAAAUGAAACCAAAAGAGCUUGAAAGUGGAAAUCUGAUGGAAUUUUCCCAAUAGAAAAGAAAUGUAAUAUAAUUUGUGCAUUGUUUAUUGCAGGUGAAUUUGAGCACAUGUACACAAUAAAUGUAUUUACAAUAAACAAAUCAAAUGUC